GACGUAGUUGUCAAAAUAAUGUAGGUUAUAUUUGUUUAUGUGGUGGGGAAUAUGGGGAUUGGACUUUGAAUUUUGAUUUGAGCAUUAAUGAUAUUUCUUUCCAUUUUAUCUUUCAAAUAAGCUAACCCAAAGUGUACAUUCUCUGUGAAAAUAUUGAUUAAGCUCACCGUAUUUUAAGCUGUAAUUCUUAAUUUUUUUUCGGGUGAAAAUGAUAAACACUGGAAAACUUGCAGGGUUAACAGUCUUCAUAACCGGAGCGAGUCGAGGUAUAGGAAAGGCGAUAGCUUUGAAAGUAGCAAAAGAUGGUGCCAAUGUUGUUGUGGCUGCUAAAACGGCGGAGCCUCACCCUAAACUACCUGGAACCAUAUACACAGCAUGUGAAGAAAUUGAGAAAGCAGGUGGCAAAGGACUACCGUGUGUAGUAGAUGUGAGGGAUGAACAAGCUGUGAAAAAGGCUGUAGAGGAAGCUGUACAAAAGUUCGGAGGCAUUGAUAUUGUCAUAAAUAAUGCUUCAGCUAUAUCUUUGACUGGCACUGAAGAUACGGAUAUGAAAAGAUAUGAUUUGAUGCACAAUAUUAACACUAGAGGAACUUUUUUGGUAUCAAAGGUAUGUUUACCAUAUUUGAAGAAAAGCAGCCAUGCACACAUUUUGAAUCUUUCACCUCCUCUCAGUAUGAAGCCCAUAUGGUUCAAGGACCACGUGGCCUAUACCAUGGCUAAGUACGGGAUGUCUAUGUGUGUAUUAGGAAUGCAUGAAGAACUCAGACCGUUCAAUAUCGGAGUAAAUGCUCUUUGGCCGAGAACAGCCGUUGCGACAGCUGCUAUCGAGUUGAUUCAAGGUAAAAGCGCUACGGACUACUGCAGAACGCCUGAUGUGAUGGCCGAUUCGGCUUAUGUCAUCCUGACGCAAGAUCCUAAAACAUGUACUGGCAAUUUUUUCAUCGAUGAACAUGUCUUGCAGAAUGCUGGAAUAACUGAUCUUAAACAGUAUGCCUGUGUUCCAGAGAACAAUGAUAAACUGAUGCCAGACUUCUUUGUGGAUGAGAAUAUUGAAGAGGUGGAAUCAAUCGUGGGUUACAAAAGUAAACCUAAGGAUGAUGGAGGAAAGGUGGCUCAGUUGUUCAAAAAGAUCGAGAGUUCGAUUUCCCCUGACACGGUGACCAAUACUCAAGCAGUAUUUGCUUUCCAUGUUACCGGAGAUGAAGCUGGGAAAUGGUAUGUUGACUUGAAGAACGGCAGCGGUUCCUGUGGGCAGGGUGAAGCCCCUUCUAAGGCAGAUGCUACCCUCACAAUGGACAGUAAAAACUUUUUUGACAUGUUUUCUGGAAAAGUCAAACCUGCCACAGCUUACAUGACAGGGAAGUUGAAAAUCCAGGGAAACCUCCAGAAAGCUCUCAAACUGGAGAAGCUCAUGUCUAGUUUGAAAGCAAAAUUGUAAACUACUUCGUUUGUGGUCGGUUCUUUGUUGUUGAAUU